AAUUCCAUACAUACAUAAAAGUGGUUUACAAUUUUAUACGAACGAAUCCAUCACUAUCGUCAUAUUCAUUUUUUUGUUUAUAGCUUUGAAAGCGAAGACAUUACCAUUUUAAACAAAAAGAAAAGUUAUAAAUAUAAUGAAGUAAAAUGGCUUCAGCUUUGGAACAUUACGUAAAUAAUGUGCGUUCAUUUAGCUCAUUAGGAAAUUUCCGCGAACUCAUCGAGUACUUGAAUGGAACAUCUGAUUUGUUGGCAAAAAAUGGAAAUAUUUUGGAUAACGUUUUAGAAACACUUGAUGUGCAACAACAUUCACUUGGUGUUCUACACGUCCUAGUUGCAAAACUGAUAAACUUUUCGAAUGCAACUUCUGAUGGUGAAAAUAUAAUCAAACUGGUUCGUGAUUUCAUUCAGGCUUGUAAUGGAGAACAGGUUCGACAUGCUCCACAAGCUUAUGCGGAGCUCUGUCAUCUUUUUACAAACUACAUCAUCAAAUCGGGUACCUCACCAAUUCAAGGCAUAAAAGUACUGGCACAUGCAGUUGACAAAAUUCGUUUGUUCGAUUCUCAACUAACUCCAGUACAUGCCGAUCUGUUUCAGCUCAGUUUAUGUGCAAAGAUUUUCAAUCCAGCGUUGAAAUUUUUGGACAUAGAUAUUACAGCCAUUUCGACGACUGAGGACAAUAAUCACGAUGCGAAAUAUUUUCUUCUGUACUAUUAUUAUGGUGGCAUGAUUUAUUCAGCUAUCAAGAACUAUGAACGGGCUCUCUAUUUUUUUGAAGUAGCUGUUUCAACCCCAGCACUGGCUAUGUCUUACAUUAUGCUAGAAUCAUAUAAGAAAUACAUUUUGGUGUCGUUGAUUUUGGAAGGCAAAAUUAGCAGUAUACCAAAAUAUUCAUCACAGGUGAUUACACGAUUUGUCAAGCCACUCAGUCAUGCAUAUCAUGACUUGGCAACAGCAUAUGAAACAUCGCAAAGUGACGAGAUUCGAAAUGUUAUCAAUAAAUAUCGCGAGGUGUUCGUACGUGAUAUGAAUUUUGGUUUAGUCAAACAGGUUGCGGCUUCUCUUUAUAAAAAGAAUAUUCAAAGACUUACGCAAACAUUUUUGACACUAUCAUUAGUCGAUGUUGCGAAUAAGGUGCAUUUAAAUGGACCAAACGAAGCCGAAAAAUAUAUCGUAGAUAUGAUCAAAUCGGGUGAAAUUUUUGCAUCAAUUAAUCAAAAAGAUGGCAUGGUUGUAUUCAAGGAUGACCCUGAAAAAUAUAACACCCCCGAAAUGUUCCAAAGCAUUCAAGAGGACAUCACACAAGUGAUGGAACUCAACAAGCAAAUCGUAAAAAUGGAAGAAGAAAUAAAAUUAAAUCCGCACUAUGUUAAGAAGUCAAUUGGAAAUCAAGACGAGGAUUUGGUUAGCUGUCCGACAAAAUCAUUUCCACCAAACGAUCAAAUGGAAUAAAUUUUCUCUUGGUUUCACUGCUCCAGAAAAAAAUUCAAACACAAAAUAAAAGGAAUCCUAUUUCAACCAACAAAUACAUCUGAAAAAGGAGUUUGUAAUACAUUUACGCUUUCCGUUUACUAUGUUUAAAUAAAUUAUGAAUAAAAAAAUACCAUAGUAUUUUGAAGAUGACUUUAGCGAGAA